AUGGCUGAAAACACUGAGAUCGACUACACGCUCAACAACCCCGAUACCCUGACCAAGUACAAGACCGCCGCCCAGAUCUCCCAUAAAGUGCUCGAGGCCGUUUCAGGAUGGUGCGUUGAGGGAGCAAAGAUCGUCGAGCUCUGCGAGAAGGGAGACAAGCUGCUCGACGAGGAGGUGGCCAAGGUCUACAAGGGCAAGAAGGUGUCGAAAGAUGCGGAAGAGGCUGCCACCGAGCUCAAGGCCAACGAGGUGGUCAAGAUUCAGCUCGGUGCUCAGAUCGAUGGAUUCGGGACCAUAGUCUGCGAUACCAUCGUCGUGGGAGGAAAGGUCACCGGCCGUGAGGCAGACCUCCUGCUGGCCACCCACUACGCCAACGAGCUGCUGCUCAGGCUCAUGGUUCCCCCGGGGCUCGUUGCUCAAGGCACAGAGGAAGAGAAGAAGAAGGCGGCUGCCGAGAAGCCACCAACCCAGGCCAAGAUAUCCAGCUUGCUCGAGAAGGUAGCCAAGUCAUACGACUGCACAGUCGUCGAGAACACCACCAGCUGGCUGUUCGAGCGCAACGAGAUCGAAGGAAGCAAGAAGAUCAUUGUAGCCCCCGGAACGGGAGUCAAGGGUGAGGGAACCCCCGAAGUACAGGAAAUCUGGGGUGUCGAGGUCGGGCUCAGCUUGGGAUCCGGCAAGGUCAAGACUCUCGAGCAUAGACCAACUUUGCACCGCCGUACCACAACUACAUAUAUCCUCAAGAGACCCAGCUCCAGACAGACCCUGUCCGAGAUUGUCAAGAAGUUUGGAACUUUCCCCUUCAGCUUGCGCCAGCUGGAUGAUGAGCGGGCCGGCAAGGUCGGCGUCGUCGAGUGUGUGCGAGGUGGCGUCGUGCGUCAGUACGAGCCAGCCGGAGAGGCAGACGGUUCUCCUGUCUCGAGACUUUUGACAACAGUUGGUACGUUACCUAUUUCUAAUACCUUUAAAUAUAUAUGUAUGCUUUUAUAUGCUAACACAAGAACAGCCAUUUUGAAAAACGGACUGAGCAGACUGGCUGCUCCACCACCACUUGACCUGGAGAAGGUCCAGUCAGACAAGAAGAUCACCGAUGAAGAAGUGCUGGCCAUCCUGGAGCGCCCACUGGCCAAGUCUACGGGCUCCAAGGGCAAGAAGAACAAGAAGAAGAAGAAGAAGCCGGCAAAGAAGGCUGUCGAGGAGGAAGAAGACGAUGAGGAAGAAGAUUCCGAUGAGGAGUAG